CGCGGCCCCGGAAGCGGAGCCAUGGCGGCGGUGGCGGCGGUAACGCUGCCGCUGCUGGUGCUAACGGCGGCGGCGGCGCUGACGGGAGGCGACGACUCGGACUGGGUACGGCUGCCCAGCAAGUGUGAGGUGUGCAAGUAUGUGGCGGUGGAGCUGAAAUCUGCUUUUGAGGAGACCGGCAAGACCAAGGAGGUGAUCGACACCAAAUACGGCUUCCUGGACGGGAAGGGCUCUGCCGUCAAGUACACGCAGUCGGACAUCAGGUUAAUCGAGGUGACGGAGAACAUCUGCAAGCGGCUGUUGGAUUACAACCUGCACAAGGAGAGGAGCGGCAGUAACAGAUUCGCAAAGGGCAUGUCGGAGACGUUCGAGACCCUGCACAACCUGGUGCACAAGGGCGUCAAGGUGGUGAUGGACAUCCCCUACGAGCUGUGGAACGAGACCUCUGCUGAGGUGGCUGACCUCAAAAAACAGUGCGACGUGCUGGUGGAGGAGUACGAAGAUGUGAUCGAGGACUGGUACAGGCACCACCAGGCAGAGGAUCUCUCCCAGUUUCUCUGCGCCGACCACGUGUUAAAAGGGAAGGACACAAGCUGCCUGGCAGAGAAGUGGACUGGCAAGAAGGGUGAUUUGGCCAGCGUGGGGGAGAAGCAGAGCAAGAAAAAGAGUGGGAAGAAGAAGAAAAAGGGCCGGAAGGAUGAGGACGAGGGAGCUGCCAGCCUCCCGGCUGCAGGGGAGGCCUUGGAGGAGAGCGGGGUCCAGGAGGAGGCUCCACUCCCCCACAGCCCAUCUGAUGAGCUGUAGGGACGCAGCCCCAGCCCCCGGGGUCUCAGCCCACCGUCUCCCGCGGGUACCAAAGGAAAAGGGACUUUUGCGGCGCGGCGUGAGAGACCGAACCCGGGGAGGGCGGGGA